GAUCCUGACCGAUUUUGCUUUGCUUUUGCUUACAAUUUAUUUGCAAUAAUCUAACACUUGGUCGAAACUUAUAUAUACUCAUUAUAAAUCUGAUUUUAAAUAUAGACGCAUUUUGUUAUAACCAAAGUUUCUCCCUCCAUGAUGGACAAAAUGAGAGGUAUAAUAACAUUUUUGACGUUCUGCAUAUUCAUAUGGAAAACUGUGGAUUCUUCGGCUGCAACAUACGAUUGUAGACAAGACCCAUUAGACUACAAUACCAUCGAUAUAUCAGAAACAGACCCGGUCGAUACCGUUCUAGUAACGUUCAACAACAGUUUAAGAGGUCUUCGCUGGACAGCAUCUGUAAAUGGUUCAAGUAAGAGUUAUCUGUCUUUGUUCUUCAAAUCGUCAAUGGUAGAGGACGCUGAAGAUCUGCAUUCGCUAACACUUGCAAAGAUUCUUGACCUUGAACUCUUGCAGUUGGAGCUUACUUCUUCUUCACAGCUAUUUGUUGAAACCACAUAUGAUGUUGUAACUCUAGAUUUGUCGGUAUUUUGUGUCGAGGAACCUGGAAUAACAAACGAAUGGCAUUUUAAAAUACACAUUCAGUCUGUGAACGAAUUUUAUCCUCAGUUUAUGGGAUCUCCAUUCAAAGCCACGGUGAAAGAGUCAGCAGCUGUAGGUACAGAAAUAUUUAACAUUGGAGCUAGGGCAACAGACAUUGACGCUGGUCAGAACAAUCUAACCUUUAACAUAGCCCCCUACAUGAUUACACAGUUUGACGGCAGUCGUUACGUCAAACUCGACGACCAGAACAGGGGCAGUAUUGUGGUCGCACAACCUCUAGAUUUUGAAGCGUUUUAUACGUCAGGAAGAACGUACAUUUUUGUCAACGUCACUGCUACGGACGAAGGAGGGUACACUUCAGCGACGUCAAUUAAUGUCACAGUUACUGAUAGCAAUGAUCAGGGUGUACAACUCGUGUAUCCAGGGUGCGCAAGACCAUGUCUGACCGCAAACUACUCCGUUCUCACCAACGAAUCUUUUGUUGGCAGAUUAGAAGUAGGACCAGUAUCGAUUCAUGCUGAGGACUUAGAUACGCUCAAUGACAGUGUAAUUUACACACUUGAAUCAGAUAUCGAUAGGGAAUUCUUUGACAUCGAUUCAACAACUGCCAAGCUUUUCAAAACAUCACCACUAGUAAAUGACUCCUAUGGGUUUGCUUUUACGAUCGAGGUGCGUGCACAGGAGACAACAAACGAGGAUCAUUUCCUUACUUUUAACAUCUCGGUUUUAAUAUCUGAGAGACUACCAAAACUGGGUAACUGUUUUUAUUCAUCACAUAUCUAAACAAUCUACAUAUUCAUGAAAGUAAUGAAAUAAUACAUUAAUUAUAAAUCAGACAUUUG